AAAAAGAAAUUGAAACAAUGUUUCCAAGUUUAGCUGGAAAAAAUCCAACACAAUUAACACAUGAAGAUUUACAAGCUUUAUUAGUACAUGCACAUCGUCGUAUAGUUAAACUUCAAAAUGAUAUUGCACGUAUGCGUGUUAAUGAAUCGGAUUCAGUAAAAGCAGCUAUUGAUGUUCAACGUGCUGAUAUUGAUCGUCUUGUUGAACAACGUGUUCAAGAACGUGUAGCAAAAACCGCUGAACAACUAACUGAUGAAUUAAAAUCAUAUGAAAAAAAUCUUCGUCAACAAUUUGAUGAACAAUUAAAACAUGAAAUUGUUUUACAACAUCAAGCAUUAACACAAUAUUUAGCUGAUGUUUUAUCACGACAAUAUCAAGAAUGGGCACGUGAAUAUGAAAAACAAUUAGAUAAUGAAUCAACGAAAAUAAAUUUAAAUCUACAAAAUCAAUUACGAACAACAUUAGAUCGUUUACAUGCUAUUGAACAAGCUAUUGAAGCUAAUUAUGAUAGUCAAGAACGUGGACGUAAAGCUCAACAUUUAUGGAUUCAAGCACAAAAUAUCCUUAAUAAAGUUGUUCAUGGUACAACAACAGAAAAUGAUCUUGAUGUUAUAUCAAAAAUUGUUCCAAAUGAAAAAUUUGUUCAAGUACUUUUUAAUCAAUUAAAAACUGAUGAAUCACCAAUAACAAAUGAAGAAAUGUUACGUGAACGUUUUUCACAUGUUAAAAAAUUAUGUCGUCGUGUUGCAUUAAUUAAUGAUGGACAUAAUUCAUUAUGGAAUUAUUUUCUAUCAUAUUUUCAAAGUUUAUUAAUUGUACGACAACGUGAUGAUUCAAUAUUAGUUGAUGAUGCUAUUGAUCUUAAUCAAUUAGAUACAUUUACAAUUUUAAAUUAUGUUCAAUCCUAUUUAGAACAUAAUCAAUGGUAUAAUGCAUUACGUUUAAUGCAAUUAUUAACAGGUGAACCAAAGAAUGUUGCACAAUCAUGGAUUAAUGAUACACGAAAUUAUUUAGCUAAGAAACAAACAUCAGAAUUACUUGAAGCAUAUUCAAAUUCAAUUGGACUUGGAACAUUACCAAGAACAGCUUAG